AUGAGUUUGCUGGUGGAAUUCGACGAAUUUCAGAACGUUUCGAACGGUGAGAACUUUUUCGUGGCCGGCGCCCAAAUGAUACAUUUACAGAACAGUUCAACGCGGAGCUCGACAACAUCUUGCUGCAAACGCUGAGUAAGCUCCGCGACAUUCCGCCUUCGGACCUUCGACGUCGUCUUUGUGUGAUCAAAAUUCUAGAGAAAGUGCUCAAGUGCCGACACGUCGAGAUGGAUCAGCCGAUGGAGAUCGGGGAAAAAGAAGAAGAGACCUACUGA